CCUAAGUACAGAUAAUGAUAAUUUCAUACUUUGCACUUUAUGUUGAGGAGCGCAUGUUGGAGCCCUCGUGCUCACAGCAGAUUGUAUUUAGUUUAUUUGCUGAACAGACUUAAACGUGUUGAACUUGGACUGAGCCUGUGUCAUUUACACCGCAACAGGACUACUGCCAUUGCCCUGUCAGACCCUCGCAGACCCCUGCCCUCAGGGGCUUUUACUGCUGCACACAUGGACAUGCCACGUGUUGCUAAGCAGCCAAUGGCGGAGCGGGACGCAAACAGCUGACAGUGGACAACAACAGCCUGUGCUCCUGUGUCCUGCAGGUGGUGUGUAGAGUCCAGCCGCUGCUGACGGGAGUCCACGGCGGACAGGGCCGACCCUGUUCUGUCUACAAUGUUUACUUUUCACUCGUGCGUUAAAUAGAGGGCGCUUGGCUCUGAGCGGAGGCGCACAGUGACAGGCGCAGCGCAGCAGCCAUGGCUCCGUCCCUGAUCCAAGCCUGCCGCAGUCUCGCGCUCUCGACGUGGCUGCUGUCGUUUUGCUUCGUCCACUUGCUGUGCUUGGACUUCACGGUAGCCGAGAAAGAGGAGUGGUACACUGCUUUUGUUGAACUCACGUACAGUGACCCCACUACUGCGGAGGUAAAGACCGAUAAAACGGAGUGCGGUCGGUACGGGGAGCAGUCUCCGAAGAAGGAGACCAGCGGAGUGGUCCUGAUGCCCAUCUUCCCCCAGGACAGACAAGGCUGCGACCCAAACGCUCGGUUCCCUCCUGUGCCCCCGCGCAGCGCCUGGGUGGCACUGAUCGCGUUAGGAAACUGCACUUACAAAGAGAAAAUCCGAAACGCCGCGGCCAACAAUGCAACUGCGGUUAUUGUUUACAGCCUGGGCACAGGGAGCCCCAACGACACCAUUACCAUGUCCCACCCAGGGACCGGCGAUAUGGUGGCUAUCAUGAUCACGGAGCACAAAGGCCUGGAGCUGGUGUCUUUACUGGAGCGGAACAUCGCCGUGUCCGUCCACAUCACCAUAGGAACCCGCAACCUGCAGAAGUACGUGAGCAGGACCUCCGUGGUGUUCGUCUCCAUCUCCUUCAUCGUCCUCAUGAUCAUCUCCCUGGCCUGGCUGGUCUUCUACUACAUCCAGAGGUUUCGCUACGCCAACGCACGAGAUCGAAAUCAGAGACGCUUGGGAGACGCUGCCAAAAAAGCAAUAUGCAAGCUUCAAACCCGCACGAUCAGGAAAGGAGACAAGGAGACCGAGUCUGAUUUCGACAACUGCGCAGUUUGCAUAGAGGGCUACAAGCCAAACGAUGUGGUGCGGGUGCUACCGUGCAAACAUGUUUUUCAUAAGCACUGUGUGGAUCCCUGGCUACAAGACCACCGCACGUGUCCGAUGUGUAAGAUGAACAUCCUCAAAGCUUUAGGGUUAAUCCCAGAGUGCUCGGAUGAAGCUCCCCCAGACUACGACACAUCGGUGGGGGGGCCGCCGACCAACGCCGUCACAGGGGCCAGCGAGGUCACGGUGAACGAGAGCUCCGUGGUGCUGGACGCGGAGGGGAGAGGAGUCAGUCUGCAGCAGUUUCAGACGGAAGGAGGAAGUAUACAGCAGGCUGAAGGAUACGUCAUAGCCAGCAGUGAGCACCAGCCAGCCCUGAGCAGCGGGUCCGACUCGUCUCUGAUGGUGGGAGUUGACAUGUCUGACGUGGACCUGACCGAGCAGGAGUGCGAAGGGGUCAAAACCUGAGCCAACCAAACGCAACGGUGCUCCUGUGGACUUUACGAAGGAAGACUGAAAAAAAAGGAGCACAAGAAUCCCUGUUACUAACUCAAAACAUGCAGGUCUGUCAUUUGUGGACAUGUCGCAACAAUUCGGUUACCCAUCCUCCAUCGCUCUCAACGUUUUGGAGAAUGUUUUCGGAGCUCCUCGCCUUUCCACCAGCUGAAACUUAAACCGGAAAGUUCAGAUCAUUUCCAUAACAACGAAAACGCGGCGGAGACAACAUCACAGCAUGAAUACAACCUCGUGUUUGCGCGCGAACUGCCACCAGCGGUUUUCUCGAAGCAUUUUUAAGCAUUUUCGUUUUGGCAUUUCACAUCACAAGAAGACAUUUUACGCUCUCUUCCGAGUUUGACUUUUUGCCCCGUCCCCUCAUUGUUGACAAUCAGAUUCGAAGUGAUGUCGCCCACUGCCCUACCGAAGCUGCUCUUUUAGUAACAGCCCCCCCCCCCCCCCGCCAACCCUUCUCCGGUCGUCGUCCUUCUGCGGCGCUACACAAACCAGAUGCGUGGACACUGUUGCUAAGACUGCUCUUGUUUGUUCCCUUGAGCAACGCACUGUUCUUAAAGGCCAGCCAGUCUAAAUAUUAUCGAGAAGAGAGAAGCGCGUUACGACUUAAUUAAACAGUGUACGGACUGCCUAGACUUUACAGCACAAAAACUUCACUUCAGACGGCUUUUCAAAGGGGGACACAAUGCUUUAAGGGAAUUUUUGAGGGCGUGGAAUAUUUUUUAGAAAGAAAUAUGUUUACAAUGUUCAGGUUGGAGCAGAAUUUAAGCAGCCCUCUUGUCUGGUAGUUAUUUGGCACUAGCUAUGACGCAUCACUGCCACCUCUUGGUCAUAAGUGGAAGUUGUGGCUGUCCAGUAGAGCAUGCAAAACAAAUGUACUCCGUAUUCUAUUUACACAAACCCUCCAUGAUUAAUAGACAAACUUAACCGGAGUGACGAUGUACCUUCUUGUUGCCAUGCCAGUGUCAUGUUUGAGCAUGCGUCUGUAUUACUCAAAUGGGAGUUUAGUUUGUUGACUUUACAACGGCAUGAGAUCGAAACUGGUGUCGAGGAAAUUAUGUAAGAGAAAGAUUUAACCCAAAUUUCGAUUUCGUAAAUUGACCCAGAUCCAGAAGUUGCAACCAGGGAUAAAUAAUAAGGGCUAGAGAGAAGGGGGGUUCUGUAGUUGUUGGUGGUGUUGUUGUUCUACAUAAAAAAAAAACAUUUUCUGGGGGUGUGAGACUAACUGUAGGCACUGCUCUGUCUGAAGAUGUGUUAGACUUUAUUUUGAGCUCAAUUUUAGCACAAUUAUUACGAGAAAGAGCGGACGUAGCUCGGACUACAACAGGUCACUACUGAACAUUCCACCAUAGAGGUACAUGUAGAACCACGGAUGUAACAAUAACCGAAAUAUUGUGAUAUUGUAUCGUCGAAAGUCUUAAAAUAAUAUCAAGAGCUGUCACAAUAUGUCGAAUUACAAGUUUCUUUGGUUAAAUGCUUAGUAUUAUAGUAGUAACAGCUAAAAAACAUGGGGAACUACAUAUCCCAUGAUUCAUUUCAUUGCAGACAACAUGAAAAAAUAUGUUUUUUUAUUGCUUUUAUUCUUGUCUAAUUCAGUGUCUUGUCAAGUAUUUUAAAAGCAAAAACUAUCCUAUUUACAAUUCUUUUAGCCUCUCCGAAAUAUUGCAAUGAAUAUCGUAGAAAUAAAUUGGUAGUUUUCAGAUUCUCAAAUGUGAGAAUUUAAGAAUCGGAAAUUUCCCUUUCGAUACUUGGGAUGUAACGAUAUUCAAAUCCCUUGAUGUCAUAUUUUCACUGCACUGCUGUCUGAAGAUCUGUUAGACUUUAAUUUGAGCUCAAUUUUAGCACAAUUAUGACAAGAAAGAGCGGACGUAGCUCAGACUACAACAGGUCACUACUGAACAUUCCACCAUAGAGAUACAUGUAGAACCAUGGAUGUAACAAUAAUCGAAAUAUCGUGAUAUCGUAUCGUCGAAAGUCGCAAAAUAAUAUCAAGAGCUGUCACAAUAUGUCAAAUUACAAGUUAAAUGUUGCUUAAAUGCAUAGUAUUAUACUGUAGUAGUAACAGCUAAAAAACAUGGGGAACUACAUAUCCCAUCAUUCAUUUCAUUGCAGACAACAUGAAAAAAUGUUUUUAUUGCUUUAAUUCUUGGAAUAAUGACAGUAAUGAUUCACAUCAGUGUUUUGUCAAGGUAUUUUAAAAGCGAAAACUAUCCUAACUACAAUUCUUUUAGCCUCUCCAAAAUAUCGCAAUAAAUAUCGUAGAAAUAAAUUGGUAGUUUUCAGAUUCUCAAAUUUCCCUAUCGAUACUUGGGAUGUAACGAUACUCAAAUCCCUCGAUGUCAUAUUUUCACUGCACUGCUGUCUGAAGAUCUGUUAGACUUUAAUUUGAGCUCAAUUUUAGCACAAUUAUCACGAGAAAGAGCGGACGUAGCUCGGACUACAACAGGUCACUACUGAACAUUACACCAUAGAGGUACAUGUAGAACCACGGAUGUAACAAUAACCGAAAUAUUGUGAUAUUGUAUCGUCGAAAGUCUUAAAAUAAUAUCAAGAGCUGUCACAAUAUGUCGAAGUACAAGUUCCUUUGCUUAAAUCGGGGGCGUCAAACUCACAAAUUCACACAGGCCAAAAUUAAAAACUGGGACAAAUUCAUGGGCCAGACUAAAUAUUUAUUGACAAAUUUCAACAACAUCUGCAUAUUUCCUCUUCUUUCGAGAUAUGAAAUGUUAAACCUUUUCUUAACAAAUAAAUGUUUAAUAAUACUUUUUGCUUGAAUCCAGAACAAGCAAAAUAUAAAAUAAUAACAACAUUUUAAAUAAAUAAUCUCUCUACAGUCUAUCUGUAGCCAGUGGUCCAGCUCUAAUAUAUAUUUGAUAUCAUCUCAAGGGCCAAAUAUAAUUAUAUCGUGGGUCAAAUUUGACCCCUGGGCCUGAGUUUCACAUGUUUGGCAAGUUUUAUAGUAGCAACAGCCAAAAAAUAUGUGAAACUACACAACCAUGAUUCAUUUCAGUGCAGACAAGUUGAAAAAAUAUGUUUUUAUUGCUUUAAUUCUUGGGAUAAUGACAGUAAUGAUUCGCACCAAUGUCAUGUCAAGGUAUUUUAAAAACUACAAUUCUGUUAUCCUCUCUUACAUACCGCAGUAAAUAUUGUAGCGUGAAAUAAAUUGGUGGUUUUCAGACUCUCCAACAUGAGAAUUGGCGGCAAGGGCCAGAUUUACCUUUCGAUACUUUGGAUGUAAUGAUAUCCAAAUCCUUCGAUAUGAUAUUUUCACUGCGCUGCUCUGUCUGAAGAUCUAUUAGACUUUAAUCUGAGCUCGAUUUUAGCACAAUUAUGGUGAGAAAGAUACUAUCAAGAGCUGUCACAAUAUUUCAAACAUCUGCUGACUUUAACUGCACUACAGAAGUCUGCGCGUGCGUCGACUGUCACUGGUCUCAAGCUUGUCAGGUGACGAAAAUUCUAAUGUAAAUAUGUCAUAUAAUUAUCUAAAUAUAAAUACUUCAUUUAAAUAUAAUGUUUUAAUUGGAAAAAAUCUACAAAAUACAAGAUGCAGAUGUGUUAUUAUUUGUCAAAAAGUAAUAAAAAACGCCAUGACAAGUUUUGAGGAUUGCUUCAUAGGGCCAGUUCAAGUGGUGGGGGGCCGGUCAAAGGGGCGUGGAGGGCCGGAGUUGGCCCACGGGCCUUAGUUUGAUGACCCUCGAUCUAAAAAAUUUGUCAGUGUUUUCUAAUUUUUCCAUAGAGGUACACGUAGAACACCCCCAGCACGAUGCCACUGCAAAGUAUCACUUAGUUUGUCGAGUAAAAUUCUCCAUUAUUUACUAUAGGUUACCAUGGCGACGGUCUCUCUAUAGCAGAGGUGGGACCGAGUCUUUGUUUGUUUUGCAAGCUUCAAGUCUUUGACCUCAAGUCCGAGUCAAGUCCCAAGUCAAAUGCAGCCAAGUCCAAGUCGAGUCUCGAGUCACUGGCCCGUAAGUCCAAGUCAAGUCCAAGUGCUUUGAGCUUCAAGUCAUUUCAAGUCUUUAUACCAAAUUUAGCUUAGGUUUUUAGCAAUUUAUAUAAGUUUUAAGCUAAAUUGUACUUAAAAAAUCAUAAAGAAAAAAAUCAUGAGUAUUUAUAAAAAAGUUGUAGAAAUUAAUUUAGUUAUUUUUUUCCUUUUUAAAUGUUUUGACAAGAUGUUAGUGUGAAUCAUUAUGGUCAGAACAGAAAUAAUUCAGAUUUAAAAGUGCUUCUCAAGUCACAGGCCCCAAGUCCGAGUCAAGUCCCAAGUCAUCUGCUUUGAGCUUCAAGUCAUUUCAAGUCUUUAAACCAAAUUUAGCUUGGGUUUUUCGCAAUUUAUAUUAGUUUUAAGCUAAAUUGUACUUAAAAAAAAUCAUAGUGUAAAAAAUCGUGAGUAUUUAUAUAAAAGUUGUUGUUAUUUUUUCCUUUUUAAAUGUCCUGACAAGAUCUUAGUGUGAAUCAUUAUGGUCAGAACAGAAAGAAUUCAGAUUUAAAAGUGCUUCUCAAGUCACUGACCUUCAAAUCCAAGUCGAGUCCGAAGUCUUAGUCCAUUUUAUCAAGUCAAGUCUCAAGUCCUAAAAAUAGUGACUCAAGUCUGACUCGAGUCCAAGUCCCCACCUCUGCUCUCUAGCCCCUUAUUUUUAUCUCGUCGGUAGCAAAAAAUAUAUGCAACGAAAUGGUUUUUAAUGCCAAAACAGUGCAUAAAACGAGAAAACACAAUAUAUUUUCCAAAUGUUGUUUACAAGUUUAACACAUUUCAUUUUUAUUUUAGGAAUUUCUUCAUUGGCCAUAACCAAAUUUCGAAAGUUAAAGUCUAAAAAUGUGUACAAAACCAUUUAGUACUUUCUUUAUAAUAUUCUUUUCCCUUUGUAUACGAGCCCUGUGUUUCUUUGUGUUUCUUUGUGUUUCUUUGUGUUUUUUUGUGUUCCGUUGUGUGUGGUCUGGAGGGUCUGGUGUGUGUCUCAUUCCAACAGCUCAGAGCCAGAGGUGCCGGUGCCAUUCACUGUUUCCAUGAGAUCACCAGGGCACUUAGAGCUGCUCUGGUACAUACUGCACCCGUGGGUUUAAACAAAAGGAAAUCUCACAUAUAUUCAUUACAUAAUUAACACAAACAACAUAAGACAAGCACAGAAUUUUGAAAACUUUGUAUUGUUACAGGUUUACAAUAAUCCGAAAGGUUGUCCUGAGAUGAAACUGACCUGGUUGGGAAUAUUUCGGUGAUUUAAAAAAAAAAAAAAAAAAACAGUACAGAAUUACAACAUUUCUUCAGUCUGUACACAAUAUAUGUUUUGUUUUUUUUUCUUUAUUAGUCUCAAAAUGGAGAAAGUGUGACAUUAUUUACCUGCGCAGUUCUAAGCAGACAGCAGUAUUGAGUUAAACCAGGAAUCACAAUUAAAGGGCCCAUAUUACACUGUUUUCUGAUCUGUGUUUUAAUGUUGUUUCCUCGUCACAAACAGACCUGGAGUUGUGUUUUGUUUCAUUUGGCGAUACAGGAAGUGCUCCAGUGUGUCUUUAAACUCCACACAACUUCACUAGAAUAAUUUGGAUAAUUUCAGCCCUGGAUUUGCCGAUCUCUACUGAACUAAAGGUAAAAAGGAGCUGUUAACAUUAAAAUUACUGCUUCAUGACAUCACAAGGUGGAACAGAGCAUUUUGAGGUUUGGAGAUGUAGACAGACUAAUAAUAAAGAGUUACUCAAACGCUUGUAAAUGAAACAACACACAAUUCCAGGUAUGUUUUGAUGAGGAAACACUAUAACAUGGCUAAAAGCUUAUAAGUAGGGGUGUGCAAAAAUAUUGAAAUAUCGAUAUAUCGUAUUGUUUAAUGUGAUGAUACAGUAUUGAUACCGUGGGCUGCUGUAUCGAUACAUCGCUAAGAGAAUUUUUACUAAAUUAUUUUGUUAAAAUGCUACAGUUUUGUUAGCCUGAUUCAUCAGUCUGAGCUCGCAGCGUUAGGAAUCGUUCGCUCGACAGUAGGUUGGUACUUUUUUUAUCUAACCAAUCGCUGCUAUUUGGUCUUCACGUAUGUAAUGCACUAAAUCCCGUAGGAAGAAGGGCAAUAACGUCUUUCCCGUUGAUAAAAUUCACCAAACAUUCUCUUUGUUCCGGCUUUAAAUCCUCGAUCUCGGGAAUCAUCGCCAACACUGAAUAUAUGGCUCUUCAAUGAUUGGAUGGUGCCCGAACUCGCACUUCCAGGUUUUUUGCGAACCUUCUAGUGUAUUCUGAUUCCUGAUCUAGUCGCUGGAGAGAAUGAAAUUGAGCGGAUACACUAGGUGACACCAGCCUGGCUAUACUUCUUCCAUCACUAUUCACAAUGGAGUAUCUGUAAAAUUGGUUUGCAGGGCUGUAGUGUGUCAUAGUGGCCAGCAGAGGGCGUCAUUGCAGAAGAAGAGUUUGGUUUGUUUACUGUUGUGCUGUACCACAAAAGGGACCCAGACAGGCGCUUGAGUUUGACGUCAUGGCUUUACAGCUUUUCACUGAUUGGUCGGUGUGUGGUCUACAACUUCCAGGGUUUUUACAAACCGUCUAGUGUGUUCCCAUUCCUGACCUAGUUGCUAGAGAGAAAUAAAAUUGAGUGAAGGCACUAGGUGGCAACAGACUAGCUACAGUUUUGUCGCUUGUUCAUAGGAAGUUUAUGCGACACAUUUGACAUUUUCAUUGUUUUGAUGAUUAAAAUGUUUGUGUUUCAUAUAAACUUUGCACAAGAAGUGGUUUAAUAAAGACUAUUGGUAUCAUGGCCAUGAUUUAGCCUUUAUUUUUUAUUGAACCACACCGAAUUGAUUUGAAAUAUAUUGUAUCGAAUCGAAUCGAAAGCUCACUGUAUCGAGGUAUGUAUCGUAUCAGCAGCUUCUGAAUGAUACCAGCCCUACUGACAUGAGUCAAUUUUGUGUAAUAUGGGACCUUUAAUAGUAAAAAUAUCAGGUUUUAUUUUUGAGCAUUUUCUGUUUAUGUCAUUUAAAAAUUGUUGACCAUCCAGAAAUAUUGAUGUGAAAUUUUGAAUUCUUGAAUGCAUGAAACCUCUGACUUGUGAAAGUAACAAUAUUCUUAACCAGUGUACCACGUAAAAGUACACAAAAGUACAUUUUUUUAUUUUUUAUUUUUAUUUCAAGACAUUUCAGAGCAGAUAUUUGUACUUUCUACUCCACUACAUUUUUAACCAAACUAAAAACAUUAUUGGAUUUAACUUUUAUGAUUUUUUUGUUGUCUAUUUUCUGUUGACCAGUUUGUAUUUGUCUGAAAUUUUGCUUCACAAUUUCUAACACAAACUCAAAUCAGCAGGUUUAUCUAUUACAAACAGUGGUGGAACAUAACAAAGUAAAAGUAGUAAAGUACUGUACUUAAGUAUAAAUUAUAGGUAUCCUACGGAAGCCGAGAGGGGUCACAACAAACGCAAACGCCGCAACAAAUACAAAUGCGACAACACAACAAAAAGCCACAAGACACCAAAAAAAGCCACAACGGAAAUGACCGCGGGACUCUAUUUUAAUGCAAACGCCGCAACAAAUACAAAUGCCACAACACAAACGCAAAUGCCGCAACACAUUAAAAAGCCACAACACAUUAAAAAGCCACAACAAACCAAAAAAAGCCACAACACACCAAAAAAAGCCACAACGGAAAUGACCGCGAUACUCUAUUUUAAUGGAAAUGCCGCAACAAACGCCACAACACAAA